AUGCAACUCCUCUCCGUAUCCUCGCUCCUGGUCCUUGCGACUGCUGUCGCCGCGAAAGACUGGAACGUCAACAUCUACAGCGACACUGCCUGCAAGAAUUACAUUAGCUCCUGGCACGACGGUAGCAACCCCUGGACCUUUGGUUAUAGCUACGGCAUUCACUGCGCAAAGGUUACCAACGGUCCCGAUGGUGGAUCCUGUCAGUUUUGGCAGAACGAUGGGUGCUCGGAGGAGCUUGGAAAUGACAGCCGCGCGUCAGUUGGCGGCAAAGUCGUCACGUCGGGCUCCCAGGAGAUCAAGUGCUGGACUUGCUCGGCGUGGUAA